AUGCAAAUCAGUCCGCCCUCCGUAUUCUCUGCACUUGACAAACGGAUCUUGGAAGACCCAAACUGCCCUGUUAAGGUAAGCAAGGAGAGUAGUAAUGCGUCUGGCACGCGUUUAAGCCUUCCGUACAGCUCCCUGCGCCAUUACUGGCUAGACAACUCAGCAAACUACAGCCAGAAGGUAUACGUUGUCACAGAGCGCAACCGUGCAACGUUUGGCGAGGCCCGUCAUGCAACUAUUGCACUGGCGCACGGUCUACAAGCCCAGUACGGCGUGAAGAAGGGCGACCGUGUGGCCAUUAUGAUGCGGAACACGGUCGAGUUUGUCUUGGUCUUUUGGGCUACGCAGAUUUUGGGUGCCAUUGCUGCGCCGAUGAAUGCGUUCCAGACUGCCGAGGUAUCCGCUAAGUGCAUCAACAUGAUUGGCACUAAAUUUUUGUUUUGCGACAACCAGGUCUGGAACCACUUGCAACCCUACUUUGACCGCAUGUUCAAGGGCGAAAUGUACCCUGGUGGAACGGAGCCGCAACCAGUGCUCGAGCAGGUUGCGGUCGUCGCCCAGCGCGACCUUGCUCCGGCGGCGCCCUGCUCCAAGCGUCCGUGGGUUUCUGGACCGAAAACGCACCCCCAGAUUCACGAUUGGGACAAACUUAUGAACGGUUGGAAUUCGCUCGGCGAAAGGCACACGACCGACUUUGCGAGUAUUUCUCUCGAAGACCCUGCGCUGAUUAUGUUCACGUCUGGUACUACGGCGCUGCCCAAAGCAGUAUUGUCGUCGAGUGAACAAGCGCUUUCCAGCUUGUACAUCGGUUUGCUUUACCUUGUGCGCCCCAUAUUUGAAAUGAUGAACGGAUUCCCUCCUCUGGAUUUAAUGCCGGAACGAAAGACAUUGUGCCUCGUUCCCUUUUUCCACGUCAUGGGAAUGCAGAGUCUUGUCAUUAGUUCUGUCUUGUUUGGAAGCACAAACGUUAUGAUCCAAAAGUACACCCCCAAAGCAGCUACCGAUAUAAUUCAGCGCGAGAGUGUCACGAGCAUGAUUGGUAUUGGGUUUAUGGUAAGCGAGAUUAUCAAGAGCGGUGCAGAUUUAUCAUCGCUCACGAGCUAUACUGUCGGCGGCGCUGCGCCGCCGCAGGAUCUUCCCUCUGUUGGAAAAAAAGUAAAUGAUGCAAUAAAUGGCGUCCACGGCUAUGGGCUUACCGAGACAAACUCGGGUGUGAUGUGUAUUGUUGGCGAUUCGUAUCCUCUGCAUCCCAACUCGGUUGGUGUGCCUGUACCCAUCGUUGAAGUACGUGUCAUGGACGCUGAGACGGGCGAGUUUUUGCCGCCGGGCCACGAAGGCGAACUUUUGAUUCGCUCGCCGAAUGUUGCGCGCGGCUACUACAACAACAAGGAAGCUACCGACGAGGCAUUCCGUGCUGAUGGCUACUUUCGUACGGGCGAUCGUUGCAAAAUCGACAGCGAAGGCUUCCUGUAUAUCCUUGACCGUAUUAAAGAUAUGGUCAUCCGCGGCGGCGAGAAUGUGAGCUGCGUCAUUGUCGAGGAUGCAGUGAUGCGCAGCCAGCAGCUUUCGGACGCUGCCGUAGUAGGCAUCAAGGACGAGCGUCUUGGCGAACGCAUUGCUGCUAUCUGUGUUGCAGGACCAGGCAAUCGUCCCUCUGCCCAGGCAAUCGUUGACCAAGCCGCGCUGACGCUGCCACCGCACGCAGUGCCCGAGUACGUAUGGAUUCGAGAAGAACCGCUGCCCAGGAAUGCCACUGGCAAAGUGGUCAAGGCGACAUUGCGUCAGGAACUGCACGAUCUCGUGGAGGCAGAGAAGCGCCAAGGCACAUUCCGCUGGACCCAGCGUCGCGCACGGAUGUAG